GGCUCCGCCAACGCCUUUUCCAUUUAUAUUAAUCAUUCAUUUAUGUUCCACUCCAGAUACGACUCUUUCAUAUCUCAUACUUCUUAGCAAUGGCGUUCCUCUUAAGGGAAAUCUUUGCGGCAACUCUUGUCUUCUUAAUUAGCCGCUAUUUGAUUCGUUCUAUCAUCAAACGAUCAUCCCCUCCGCUCCCUCCAGGCCCGCCAGGAUGGCCGUUGAUCGGCGCUCUUCCUCUCCUGGGAGCCAUGCCCCAUGUCACCCUUGCCAAAAUGGCCAAAAAAUACGGACCUGUCAUGUAUCUCAAAAUGGGAACACAAGACAUGGUGGUGGCGUCGACUCCGGACGCCGCUCGCGCAUUUCUGAAGACGCUAGACCUCAAUUUCUCUAACCGUCCUCCUAAUGCAGGCGCCACCAAUUUGGCGUAUGGUGCACAAGAUUUGGUUUUUGCGGACUAUGGAGCAAGGUGGAAGCUACUACGAAAGUUGAGUAAUUUGCAUAUGCUUGGAGGAAAAGCUCUUGAGAAUUGGGCGACCGUUCGCGACGCCGAGCUAGCUCACAUGGUUUGUGCCAUGUGCGAGACUAGCCGAAAAGGCCAGCCGGUGGUGGUGCCGGAAAUGUUAUCUUAUGCCAUGGCGAACAUGAUCGGCCAAGUUAUACUCAGCCGUCGAGUUUUCGUGACAAAAGGCUCGGAGUCUAACGAGUUCAAGGACAUGGUGGUGGAGCUGAUGACAUCUGCAGGAUUUUUCAAUAUCGGUGAUUUCAUCCCCUCAAUUGCUUGGAUGGACUUACAAGGGAUCGAGCGUGGAAUGAAGAAAUUACACAAAAAGUUCGAUGUUUUAAUAACAAAAAUGAUUGAGGAGCAUAUGGCGUCGAGCCAUCAACGCAAAGGAAAACCGGAUUUUCUCGAUGUUCUGCUGGCGAGUCUUGAGAACUCUGAUGACGAUCAAAGGCUUACAAUCACCAACAUUAAAGCUCUACUCUUGAACUUAUUUACUGCUGGCACCGACACUUCCUCAAGUAUUAUCGAAUGGGCGAUUGCAGAGAUGUUGAAGAACCCUAUCAUUCUGAAGCGAGCACAUGAGGAGAUGGAUCGAGUAAUUGGAAGAAACCGAAGGCUUCAAGAAUCAGACUUAUCAAAACUCCCGUACUUACAAGCCAUAUGCAAAGAAACAUUUCGAAAACACCCAUCUACACCUCUCAACCUGCCGCUGGUCUCAACCGAAGGAUGCGUUGUAAACGGCUACUACAUUCCUGCAAACACCAGACUCAGUGUAAACAUCUGGGCUAUAGGCCGUGACCCCAACGUGUGGGAGAAUCCAUUAGACUUUACACCGGAGAGAUUUUUCAGUGAGAAAUAUGCCAAGAUUGAACCACGGGGAAAUGAUUUUGAGCUGAUUCCAUUUGGGGCAGGAAGAAGAAUCUGCGCAGGAACUAGAAUGGGGAUUAAUUUAGUUGAAUAUAUUUUAGCAACUUUGGUGCAUUCGUUUGAGUGGAGAUUGCCAGAUGGAGUGGAGCUAAACAUGGAAGAAGCCUUUGGUCUUGCCCUGCAAAAGGCUGUGCCCCUUUCGGCUAUUGUUUCACCGCGGCUUGCUCCCAAUGGUUAUACUUAUGAGUAGUACGUUGAAUCUUAUCUAAAGACUUCGACAUAUCAUAUCACUCUUUAAUAUGUCUCAAUAAUGCCAGAAGAAUGAAUUGUUAUCCGGGGAGAAUGAAUGUAUGAAUGGCAGCGUACGCAAAAAUAAAUUGAGUUAGUUAUUGAUUA